AUCAAGAAGCAUUAACGCCAUUGACGGAGAAAAAGCCCUAGCUUCCGCAGGUUAGAAGAUCUCCCUUCCUCCCUCCUCUUGUGCGACUAAAGCCACUAGGGCGCCUUCGUUUUCCAUCUCAUCUUAGACGGUGAGGGAGGGGUAGAGGCGGAUGGCCAUGGGCUGUCAUUUCGUGCUAUAGUGGUUGUUGUGGUUGAUUGUGUCGCAUUGGAGUCUAACAGGAGCGUAAUGAAGAUUUUGGGGAUCUGGUGGUGGUAUUGAGAUGAUAAGUGAAAGACGAGAUUUUUUGAGGUACUUUGCGAAAGGAAGAGGAAUAGAAAGCUUCAAGUAUAAAAAAGGGUAAUUUCUAUUUUGAGAUAAGUUAUUAUACUGAUUGAAUAUGGUUUUGUUAGAUGGGUACUUGAAAAUCAAGUACUUGGUCAAUUUACUCUUCAAAUGGCCAGAACUUAGAUUUGCUUUAGCUUGUUAAGAGAUUUAUGGAUAGCAAACAUAUAUCUCUUGAAUUUCGGAUGCAAGCUUUUUAAAAUUUAUCAGGCAACUUGAAAUUGUAUAGAAUGUAAGAAAGGAAUAAAAAAAUCCCUGAGAAAUUGAAGGUGAUCCAAGAGAAGAACUCAAAGGAGAGCACGAGCAGAGAAAAAAAUUGGAAUCUAGGAGAAAUUAAAUAUAUUUUCUUUUCUGAAUUGAAAAAAUUUGAAAGGCUAGAUUAAAAAAACUUGGGUAUUUCUUUAGUAUUUUGUUGUGACUUGGAAAAUCAUUUUCUAUUUGGCUAGAUGUGCCUUUUGCGAUGAGGUGGAGGAAAAUGCUAUUCACCUUUAAACAUUGUAAAGUGGCUUUUAGAAUUUGAAAAGAAUGUUUCAUGGUAGGGGAUUGAGUUUGUCAUUGCAGGAUGCUGUUAUGAUGCAUUUCAUCAACAUGGGCACAUUUUCACUCACUCCUAAGGAGGUAAAUAAUGGUGUCAGAUUGGUUGAUAAACCCUGUGGAAGAGAAGGAGACGUGCUGUUACAUUGUUAAGGAGUGGGAAGUUACUGUGUUCUCAAUUGUGGAUGAACCAUAAUGUUUUUGUUAAGGUUUUGACUUUUGAGUAACCUGUCUUUAGAUUCAAUGUAAUAAAUAAAUAAAUAGUUUAUUGCCAUCCAAGAAAAAAAAAGUUAUUAAUUUGUCUUGUAUCAUAGAGUAGUACAAGUUGGGAAAGAAAUCUAAGCUACUGUUAAUAAACAUGAGCAGAAGAUUGAAGGGGAAAGAAACGAAGAAGAACAAGAAGGUGGAAAGUAGGGAGUGACAUUGAAAGAAGAGAAAAAUAGCGAGGUGUUGUUUUUUGGGUUUGGGAUUGAUGAAGUCUGAAAAAAUUGUUGAUGUGGUGUUUUCCCAUUGGGUUGGGAUACCACGUUGCUGUAUCCCGGGGAUACAGCAGACUUU